AGACGUGAAGCUUGCAGCAGGCCGAGGAGGAGGAAGAAGGGGCAUUGGGAGCAAAGGAGGUGGCUCCUGCCUAGUGAGGGCUCUGAGGGUCCCUGCCUGAAGAGGGACGGGGCUCUGGAAUGCAGCCCCCUUCACCGCUGCUGCUGCUGCUGCUGCUGCUGCUGCUGUGUUUCUCAGUGGUCAUGACCAGAGGGCUGCUGUGUGGGAGUUUCCCUGAACCCUGUGCCAAUGGGGGCACCUGCCUGAGCCUGUCUCAGGGGCAAGGGGCCUGCCAGUGUGCCCCUGGCUUCCUGGGUGAGAUGUGCCAGUUUCCUGACCCCUGCCAGGAUGCUCAGCUCUGCCAGAAUGGGGGCAGCUGCCAAAUCCUGCCUCCUGCCCCUCAAGGGUCCCCCAGCCCUUCCUCCCAUUUGGCCCCCAGCUUCUUCUGUACCUGCCCCCCUGGCUUCACUGGUGAGAGAUGCCAGGCCCAGCUUGAAGACCCCUGUCCUCCCUCCUUUUGCUCCAAAAGGGGCCGCUGCCACAUCCAGGCCUCUGGCCGCCCUCAGUGCUCCUGCAUGCCUGGAUGGACAGGGGAGCAGUGCCAGCUCCGAGACUUCUGCUCAGCCAACCCCUGUGUCAACGGAGGUGUAUGUCUGGCCACAUACCCCCAGAUCCAGUGCCGCUGCCCGCCUGGCUUCGAGGGUCAUGCCUGCGAACAUGAUGUCAACGAGUGCUUCCUGGACCCAGGACCCUGCCCCAAAGGCACCUCCUGCCAUAACACCCUGGGCUCCUUCCAGUGUCUCUGCCCUGCGGGGCGAGAUGGUCCACACUGUGAGCUAUGGGCAGGACCCUGCCCCGCCAGGGGUUGUCCUAAUGGGGGCACCUGCCAGCUGGUGCCAGGGGCAGACUCCACCUUUCACCUCUGCCUCUGCCCCCCAGGUACAUUCUCACAGGGGCUUUCUUGCAGCCCCUCUCUCUGGGCGGGGACGGUUAUCUCCCUUAGAUGCCCACCCUCAACUGAUCCCAUGACCUCAUCAGGUUUUACAGGCCCUGACUGUCAGGUGAAUCAAGACAACUGUGUCAGCCACCAAUGUCAAAAUGGGGGCACUUGCCAGGAUGGGCUGGGCACCUACACCUGCCUCUGUCCGGAGACCUGGACAGGCUGGGACUGCUCCAGAGACGUAGAUGAAUGUGAGACCCAGGGUCCCACUCGCUGCAGAAAUGGGGGCACCUGCCAGAACUCGGCUGGCGGCUUUCACUGCGUGUGUGUGAGUGGAUGGGGAGGCACAGGCUGUGAAGAGAACCUGGAUGACUGCAUUGCUGCCACCUGUGCCCCAGGAUCCACAUGCAUUGACCGUGUGGGCUCCUUCUCCUGCCUCUGUCCACCUGGACGCACAGGUCUCCUGUGCCACCUGGAAGACAUGUGUCUGAGCCAACCAUGCCACGAGGCAGCCCAGUGCAGCACCAACCCCCUGACCGGCUCCACACUCUGCCUGUGUCAGCCUGGCUACUCAGGGCCCACCUGCCACCAGGACCUCGACGAGUGUCAGAUGGCCCAGCAAGGCCCCAGUCCCUGUGAACACGGUGGCUCCUGCCUCAACACCCCUGGAUCCUUCAACUGCCUCUGUCCACCUGGCUACACAGGUUCCCGCUGUGAGGCUGAUCACAAUGAAUGCCUGUCCCAGCCCUGCCACCCUGGCAGCACCUGCCUGGACCUACUUGCCACCUUCCACUGCCUCUGCCCACCAGGCUUAGAAGGGCGGCUCUGUGAGGUGGAGACCAAUGAGUGUGCCUCAGCUCCCUGCCUGAACCACGCUGACUGUCACGACCUGCUCAAUGGCUUCCAGUGCAUCUGCCUGCCUGGAUUUGCCGGCACUCGGUGUGAGGAAGACAUCAACGAGUGCAAAAGCUCUCCCUGCGCCAAUGGUGGGCAGUGCCAGGACCAGCCUGGAGCCUUCCAUUGCGAGUGUCUCCCAGGUUUUGAAGGUCCACGCUGUCAGACAGAAGUGGACGAGUGUCUGAGUGGCCCAUGCCCCAUUGGAGCCAGCUGCCUUGAUCUCCCAGGAACCUUCUUUUGUCUCUGCCCCUCUGGCUUCACAGGCCAGCUCUGCGAGGUUUCCCUGUGUGCCCCAAACCUGUGCCAGCCCAAGCAGAUAUGCCAGGAUCUGAAAGACAAGGCCCACUGCCUCUGCCCCGAUGGAAGUCCUGGCUGUGCCCCCACUGAGGACAACUGCACCUGCCACCAUGGGCACUGCCAGAGAUCAUCAUGUGUGUGUGAUGCGGGUUGGACAGGGCCAGAGUGUGAGGCAGAGCUGGGGGGCUGCACCUCCACACCCUGUGCCCAUGGGGGGACCUGUCAUCCCCAACCCUCCGGCUACAACUGCACCUGCCCUGCACACUACACAGGGCCCACCUGCAGUGAGGAGGUAACAGUUUGUCACUCAGGGCCCUGUCUCAAUGGUGGCUCCUGCAGCCCCAGCCCUGGGGGCUACUACUGCAUCUGCCCUCCAAGCCACACAGGGCCCCACUGCCAAACUAGCACUGACCACUGUGCAUCUGCCCCGUGCCUCAAUGGGGGUACCUGUGUGAACAGGCUGGGCACCUCCUCCUGCCUCUGUGCCCCGGGUUUCCAGGGCCCACGCUGCGAGGGAAGGAUCCGCCCCAGCUGUGCAGACAGCCCCUGUAGGAACAGGGCAACCUGCCAAGACGGCCCUCAGGGGCCCCGCUGCCUCUGCCCACCUGGCUACACAGGAGGCAGCUGCCAGAUUUUGCUGGACUUAUGUGCCCAGAAGCCCUGUCCACACACUUCCCGCUGCCUCCAGACCGGGCCCUCUUUCCAAUGCCUGUGCCUCCAGGGAUGGACUGGGCCUCUCUGCAACCUCCCACUGUCCCCCUGCCAGGAGGCUGCGCUGAGCCAAGGCAUAGAGGUCUCUUCCCUUUGCCAGAAUGGAGGCCUCUGCAUUGACAGCGGCCCCUCCUAUUUCUGCCACUGCCCUCCUGGAUUCCAAGGCAGCUCAUGCCAGGAUAAAGUGAACCCGUGUGAGUCCAGGCCUUGCCAGCAUGGGGCCACCUGUGUGGCCCAACCCAAUGGGUAUCUCUGCCAGUGCACCCCAGGCUAUAGUGGACAGAACUGCUCAAAGGAACCUGAUGCUUGUCAGUCCCAACCCUGUCACAACCAGGGAACCUGCACCCCCAAAUCUGGAGGCUUUCAUUGUGCCUGCCCUCCUGGCUUUGUGGGGCUACGCUGUGAGGGGGAUGUGGACGAGUGUCUGGACCAGCCCUGCCACCCCACAGGCACUGCAGCCUGCCACUCACUAGCCAACGCCUUCUACUGCCAGUGUCUGCCUGGACACACAGGCCAGAGGUGUGAGGUGGAGGUAGAUCCCUGCCAGAGCCAGCCCUGCUUUCAUGGAGGGUCCUGUGAGGCCAUACCAGGACCACCCCCAGGUUUCACUUGCCACUGCCCCAAGGGUUUUGAAGGCCCCACCUGCAGCCACAGAGCCCCUUCCUGUGGCCUCCAUCACUGCCACCACGGAGGCUUGUGUCUACCCUCCCCUAAGCCAGGCUUCCUACCACAAUGUGCUUGCCUCAGUGGUUAUAGGGGCCCUGACUGCCUCACCCCACCAGCUCCUCGAGGCUGUGGACCUCCAUCCCCGUGCCUACACAAUGGCAGCUGCUCAGAGACCCCUGGGUGGACAGGCCCAGGCUUUCGAUGCUCCUGUCCUCCCAACUCCCCAGGGCCCCAGUGUCAGAGAUCUGGAGAAAAGGGGUGUGAGGGCAGAGGUGGAGAUGGGGCCUGCGAUGAUGGCUGCAGUGGCCCAGGAGGAAAUUGGGAUGGAGGAGACUGCUCUCUGGGGAUCCCAGAUCCCUGGAAGGGCUGUCCCUCCCACUCUCAGUGCUGGCUUCUCUUCCGGGAUGGGCAAUGCCAUCCACAGUGUGACUCUGAAGAGUGUUUGUUUGAUGGCUACGACUGUGAGACCCCUCCAGUCUGCACUCCAGCCUAUGACCAGUACUGCCGCGAUCACUUCCACAACGGGCACUGUGAGAAAGGCUGCAACACUGCAGAAUGUGGCUGGGAUGGAGGUGACUGCAGGCCUGAAGAUGGGGAUUCGGAGUGGGGGCCCUCCCUGGCCCUGCUGGUGGUGCUGAGCCCCCCAGCCCUGGACAAACAGUUGCUUGCCCUUGCUCGGGUGCUAUCCCUGACUCUGAGGGUGGGGCUCUGGGUGAGGAAGGACAGUGAUGGCAGGGACAUGGUGUACCCCUAUCCUGGGGCCCGGGCUGAAGAGGAGCUAGGAGGAACUCUGGACCCCUCUCAUCAGGAGAGAGCAGCCCCUCAAACACAGUCCCCAGACAAGGAGACAGACUCCCUCAGUGCUGGGUUUGUAGUGGUGAUGGGUGUGGAUUUGUCCCACUGUGACCCUGACCACUCAGGAUCCCGCUGUCCCUGGGACCCUGGUCUCCUGCUCCGCUUCCUUGCCGCAAUGACUGCAGUGGGGGCCCUGGAGCCCCUAUUACCUGGACCCCUGCUGGCUGCCCACCCUCAUGCAGGCACUGCACCCCCUGCCAACCAGCUUCCCUGGCCUGUGCUGGGCUCCCCAGUAGCCGGGGUGAUUCUCCUGGCCCUCGGGGCUCUUCUCGUCCUCCAGCUCAUCCGGCGACGUAGGAGAGAACAUGGGGCCCUCUGGCUGCCCCCUGGUUUCACUCGAAGGCCUCAGAGUCAGCCAGCUCCCCGCCGACGCCGGCCCCCACUGGGCGAGGACAGCAUCGGCCUCAAGACGCUAAAGCCAGAGGCCGAAGUCGAUGAGGAUGGAGUUGUAAUGUGCGCAGGCCCUGAGGAGGGAGAAGAGGCUGAAGAAACAGCCUCACCAUCCAAGCUCUGGCCUCUGAGUGGUAACUGUGGGGAGCUCCCUCAGGCAGCCAUGCUGACUCCCCCCCAGGAAUCCGAGACGGAGGCCCCCGACCUGGACACCCGUGGACCUGAUGGAGUAACACCCCUGAUGUCAGCAGUCUGCUGUGGGGAAGUGGAGUCCAGGACCUUCCAUGGAGCAUGGUUAGGAAGUCCUGAGCCCUGGGAACCUCUGCUGGAUGAAGGGGCCUGUCCCCAGGUUCACACUGUGGGCACUGGUGAGACCCCCCUGCACCUGGCUGCACGAUUUUCCCGGCCAAAUGCUGCUCGCCGCCUUCUUGAAGCUGGAGCAAAUCCCAACCAGCCAGACCAGGCAGGGCGUACCCCCCUUCACACAGCUGUGGCUGCUGAUGCUCGGGAGGUCUGCCAGCUUCUACUCCGCAGCAGACAAACUGCAGUUGACGCACGCACAGAGGAUGGAACUACACCCUUGAUGCUGGCUGCUAGACUGGCGGUGGAAGACCUGGUUGAAGAACUCAUUGCAGCCCGAGCAGACGUGGGGGCCAGAGAUAAAUGGGGAAAAACUGCUUUGCACUGGGCUGCUGCCGUGAACAACGCCCGAGCCGCCCGCUCUCUUCUCCAGGCUGGAUCCGAUAAAAACGCCCAGGACAGCAGGGAGCAGACGCCGCUAUUCCUGGCGGCCCGGGAAGGAGCGGUAGAGGUAGCUCAACUGCUGCUAGACCUAGGGGCGGCCCGAGAGCUGCGGGACCAGGCUGGGCUAGCGCCCGGGGACAUCGCCCGCCAGCGGAACCACUGGGAUCUGCUGACGCUGCUGGAAGGGACGGGGCCAUCGGUGGCCAGUCAUAAAGCCACUACCAGCCGCGAGGCUGAAGCUGUGCCGCGUGCACGGACCGCGUCAGGAAGCGUGCCCCCACAUGGGGGCGGGGCUCUGCCGCGCUGCCGGACACUGUCAGCUGGGACCGGCCCGCGCGGGGGUGGAGCUUGUUUGCAAGCUCGGACUAAGUCAGUAGACUUAGCCACGCGUGGGGGUAUGGCCUAUUCGCAUUGCCGGAGCCUAUCGAGAGGAGGAGCAGGAGGCGGCCCGCCCCCUCGUGGCCGUAGGUUUUCUACGAGCAUGCGCGGGCCUAGACCGAGUCCGGCGACAGCGCGAGGAUCCAGAAUAGCUGCGGGGCGAGGAGGCAGGGCCUCGGCGGACGACUGGCCCUGCGAUUGGGUGUCCUUGGGAACCUGCGGCCCCACCUCCAGCUUGCCUAUCCCUCCUCCUUGCCUUACGCCGUCCCCGGAACAUGGGUCUCCUCAAGUUGUGUGGGGUUCCGCAUACUACCAAGAAAUACCUUUAAACCUGGAAGAGAAAGGUCAAAAAUAGAAGGCUACACUGGAGAGAGCGCGAACUCCAAAAUGAUUGCCUUUAAAUGACAAGCAUUCCGGAAAGCCCACCAGCUUUUAAUAUGGAUCCCCAAAAGUGAGGCGUCACGAGUUUUAGUUUCCUUCCUAAAGUAAGUGUAUGCACACCCCAGCAGGCAUCAUCUUCCACACGGAGAAGGUGCAGUUUUGGAAAGAGUUAGGAUAGGGGAGGUCCAGUUCCUCUCUCAGAAAGUAAAAGAUUACAGGAGGACAGAGUGUGGAGUGGGAGAAGUACCCCUAAACUGGAACCAAGGACUGCAGGCAGAUAGGAUCUAAGACGUUUUCCUGUACACAUUCCCCAAAGAGAGCCUCUAUCAGAUAUUUAUUGAGGACCUAGGACAAUGUGCCCAGGUACUGUGUAGAUGCCGAAAUGUGGAGAGGAAUUCUGAAGAGCAAAACCCCCGCCUUACGCUGAUAACUCCUUGCAUUCCCUCUGACAUCCCUCCCACAAAGAAACUUCACUGCAGGGACGAAGUGCCUCUCUUCUGGCCACUGCUAUGUCUAUUUAAGAACCCCAAAUCUGUCAAUCAUAAUAAAGCUGAUUCGAAAUGUCA